AUGGAUCUCCCGAGCCCGAAUCCUAAUUCUCAAGAUAUUAUGUAUUGGAAAGAUAGAUUAGGUAUGCUUAGAGAUUUCUCGGUUAACACUGCUUGGGAGGAUCUUCGCUUUCUUGCUGAUGUGGUCGAGUGGUACAAUCUUGUGUGGUUUGAUCAAUGCAAACCGAAACAUGCUUUCAUAUUAUGGCUUGUUAUCAAAAGGAAGCUCAAAACACAAGAUCUGUUAAGCCAUUGGGACGGUCAAGGAGGAGGGAAUGUUUCCCUUAACUGUUCACUCUGUGAGACUCAACCCGACUCUCAUGAUCAUCUAUUUUUUAAUUGUAAUUAUUCGUCACAGGAUGCUAUCAUCCAUGGUCUCAUGUCGGGUGCCAAGAAGAAAUUUGGUCGUGCAGUUAUUUGUAAACUGGUUUUGGCUGCCACAAUGUAUCAUAUUUGGCAAGAAAGAAACUUUGAGGCUAUUUCAAAGAAGGAAGAGAUCCAUGGCCCAGCUUGUGGAACCUAUUUUUGGUACGGAUUGUCUUAA